CUCUCGCAAAUUGUUUAUUUAAUUUUUUUUUAAAUAGUACACAAUUUGACUCACAUAUUCGUCAUAUACAGUGGUACCUCGACAUACGAGUUUAAUUCGUUCCGCAACCUUGCUCGUAUCUUGAAUUACUCGUAUUUCGAAGCAAAUUUCCCCAUACAAAACAAUUGAACUACCAUUCAUCUGUUCCAACCUCCAAAAUGUCACCCCAGUUAUUUUAAUUACGUGGUUUUGAAUAAUAAAAACGUAUUUAUAAAUAUCAAAUAUUUAUUACACAAAAACAAAAAAGAGAAUGUAAAGAAAUAAAUUAGAUAUCCUCACUGGUCUUUGCCUUUUUCGCUACAUUUUUCUCGCUUUCACCUGUAGGCCGUUUAGAAAAAACAUGUCCAAGGAAGUUUGUUUCUUCCUCCCUCUCUGAAUGUUCCGGAAAUGGGUUAGGCAAGUGUCAUUAAAAAGAUCAGAUGCACGACCUGUUGCAACUUUUUCUGGUGUUUUUUUUUUUACGAACUGUGAAACUCUCUCCCACAUUCUUAAGAUUUCCUUUAUCUCACUUGUAGAAAUAACCUCCUUCUCUGACUCUGACCGAACCGGACUCGUAUCGCGAAUUUCGCUCGUAACUAAAAGCAAAAAAUCACUUGCUCGUCGGCUCGUAUAUUAGGUUAGAAGCACCGAAGUCCUCAUGUACGAUAUAUAAGGGCCUUGAAAACCUAUGGUCCGAUUUCGGCGAUUUUUAGAGAGCGAUGCCACACUAUAAAUGCAGUAUUUAUGCAAAGUUCAGUUCCGAUAUCUUCACUAGUGCUUACUUUAAAUAUUGUAAAGUAAACUAUUCAGAUCGACUUCAAAGUUCUGGUAUAUAGGAAGUAGGCGUGGGUGUGAACCGAUUUGGCUUAUUUUCACAACAUAUCAUUGGGAUGCAAGGAAAAUAUUACAAACCAAAUUUCAUUGAUAUUGGUCGAGCAGUUUCGGAGAUAUGGUUUUUGAUGCAUAAGUGGGCGGAGCCACACCCACAUAAAAUUUUGUAUACUAAUUUGUGUGGAGCCCUUCUUUACCUUCCUUAUAAUGAAAUUUAAGGUUUCUGGUGUUUUCCCUUACUGAAUUAAAGCAUUUUUAGUAGUUUUCAGUAUAAUCUUUGUAUGAGAGGAGGGUGUGGUUAUAAUCCGAUGUCCUCCAUUUUUGGACUGUAUAAGGUAGUUCCUAAAAGAAACGGUUCUAGAAAGUUUGGUUGAUAUAACUCAAGUAGUUUACGAGAUAUGUACAAAACACUUAUUAGGAGAGGGGCCACGCCCACUUCUCCAAAAAAAUUACAUCCAAAUAUGCCCUUCAUAGUGCGAUCCUUUGUACCAAAUUUUACUUCCAUAGCUUUUUUAAUGGCUUAGUUAUGGCACUUUAUGUGUUUUCGGUUUUCGCCAUUUUGUGGGCGUGGCAGUGGUCCGAUUUUGGCCAUCUUCGAAAGAUUAAAGAAACAAGAAACAAGUGUUUCAUCAAAUACAUAUCUUAAUUUUUACUCAAGUUACAGCUCGCACAAACGGACGGACGGAAGGAAGGACAGAGAGAUAUCCGGAUUUGAACUCCCCUCUUCACCCUAAUCACUUUGAUAUAUGUAGCGCUAUAUCCGACUCGUUUAGUUUUGGGUGCUACAAACAACCGUUAUGUGAACAAAAGUAUAAUACUCUCUUAGCAACUUUGUUGCGAGAGUAUAAAAAGCAAACUAAGGAAUUGCUCUGCAACAUUGUGGUGUGUUGUGUCUGUCAAUGCUUUAUUGAAUAUUGAAAUAGAAAUAUUGAAAUUUUUGAUAAGAAUAUUAAAACACCGACCAUGAAAUUAGCAUGACAUUAAGCGUUAAAUCAGAAAUUAAAAAAAAAAAAAAAAACGAAGAAGAACAAGAAAUGUAGCGCUGUUUAGUCGCAAUGUGACGUUGCCGGCUACAGUUGAAAAUAGACAAAACAAAGACGCGCACGAGCUGUUCACUGGCCAAGUGUGCGAAAUGUUUUGGCUGCUAGCGUACAAUCUGAUUUAUUAUAGUCUGCAAGUGCAGAAUGUUACGUAUGUGCUCAAAGAUUGCUAUAAAGUUAUGAACUCAAUAUUCUUACCGAGCUACUCACAACCGGUGCCGCCGCCACCACAGACGAAAUCCGUACAGCUGGCACAUCAGCUUAUGGACAACGCCGCGAUGGCGGCACAAUUCAGUCGCCGCUUCGAACAACUGUUGCGCUCUGAGAAAUUCUAUGAUUGUGUUUUUCACAUUGCUGGCGCACAAUUGAAGUGCCACAAAUUGAUAUUAUCCACAGCGAGUCCAGUUUUCGAAGCGAUGUUCUAUGGACCGCUGCGCGAACAACAACAGGAAAUCGAAAUUUUAGAUAUUAGCGCCGAGACAUUUCAGUUGCUCUUAAAUUACAUAUACGCAGGCGUUAUAGACUUUGAGGCACUCACACUAGAGGAGGCUAUCGAGCUGUAUUACUGUGCUGAGAAAUAUUUAGUCACCGAUUUGACCACCAGUUGUCUGCUAGCGAUAGCGCGCAAGCUACGCUACAAUAAUAUAUUACCCGCGCUGGAGCUUUGUGUCUGCAUGGAUUUGCGUGAUUUACUCAACGUUUGCAUGUCGUUCUUCAGCCGCUGUUGCAUUAAUAAUCCACAAUAUAUGACAACGCAUAAGAAUCACUAUGUACAUGUGUCCAAGGAUUGUAUUAAGGCGAUCAUAGCCGCUAAUAAGAGUGAGAAGACGAGCAAACAGUUGUUGUGGUUCGUGUACGAGUGGUGUCAGCGGGAGUGUCAUGAAUUAGGUUUGCAGCAGGAAGAUUGUGCGUUAAUUAUCAAUGAUCUGCAAUUGCCCGUUAGCGGUGUGGAGUGUGAAGAUCAUGCACUCAAGUCGUCGCAGCAGCACAAACAACAAUGUCAUGCGAUUGAACGCAGCUAUUAUAAAGCGUGUCGACCCUUCAUCGUCGAUCAGGACACACACGAAUGGGUGGUGUAUGUGAAAUGCAAUCGUUUUAUUGCAUUACGCGGUCUCGUCAUUUGCAGUCGCUUAACGCCAAACAUAUCACCACUGGCGCAUUAUGCUUUCAAUAUACCCAGCGAGUAUUGUGAAAAUUUACAAAUUGAGAUUAUAGCACCUGCCGUCAAUGCUAACGAACAGCGACUGGAACAGAGUGGUAGUGGUGGUGGUAGUGAUGGUGAAGGUGAAGGUGACGAAAGUGAUCAAGAGCCAAAUGCAGCGAAUAACAUGGAGACUGUUCUAUGGCAGCAUUUUGUUACAAAACAGCUGACAAGAUACAAUUGUGAUAUGAAUAUUGAAUGGGGCGAUGGUUUAUUACUAACUCCGGACAUAGAGUAUAAAAUCAGACUGUUGUGGCGUACAGAUGCUUACGGCUCGGAGUAUCCAUGUAGUCUACAAUCGGAUUUUGUAGAUGGCAUACGUUUUAGGGACGUGCCAACGCAAACUGGUAGCAUAGUGAAGGGUCUGCGAUUUACAAAUUUAGUUUAAGUAUACACAAGAAAAAAUAUUAAAUUUAUUAAUUACUUAUUUUGCUCUAACUUAUAGGAAUAAAUUAAAUGAAAUAAAUGAAAAA